AAUACAAAUCUAGCUACCACCCCACAUCAUUCUUUUUCAACUUCUCAUUUGAAUGAAUUUUUAUAUGUUAUGAUUUAUUACUUCACAGGCUUUAUCAGUAUAGAUUGUGGAAUCACAGAAAAUAUGACUUACACCGACAAAACAACCGAAUUAAAUUACGUUUCAGAAUCAGGUUUCAUCGAAAACAACAUAGGUGAAAGACAUACUAUAUCACUUGAAUACCAUUUCAAUACUCUUGACCAACAAUUUUCAACUUUAAGAAGUUUUCCUCAAGGAGACAAAAAUUGCUACACUCUAAGGCCUGGAGAUGGAAAAGGGAACAAAUAUUUGAUAAGGGCAAGGUUCUUGUACGGAAAUUAUGAUGGAAGAAUGACACUGCCAGUCUUCGAUCUCUACCUUGGAGCUAACAAAUGGAGUUCUGUAAAAUUUGAUAAUGCAAACAUAUCAUUGACGAAGGAGAUCAUACACAUUCCAAGUUCGGAUUAUAUAUUUGUGUGUGUAGUAAAUACAGGCCAUGGCACACCUUUUAUCUCGGCUUUGGAGCUUAGGCCUUUGAAGAACUCUACUUAUACUUCUGCUACUGCUGCUGUUUUAUAUCGACGAUUGGAUGUAGGGUCCACAAGUAAUAUAUCAGUAAGGUACAAAGAUGAUGUUUAUGAUCGUAUAUGGCAGCCGUUCAAUUUUCCAGAACGCAAAGUGUUAAGUACACCAUUGACAAUUGAUUCGAGUUCUAACAUUUACCAACCUCCAUCUAGUGUUAUGAGCACUGCUAUGUCCCCAGCAAAGGUGAGUAAUCCUAUGUUUGCCUUCCACAUGAAGCCAGAUGACCCUACAGCUGAAUACUAUGUAUACAUGCACUUUGCUGAGUUGGAAAAGCUCAAAGCAAAUGAGUCAAGAGAAUUCUUCAUCUAUGAAAAUCUAGAGUUAUGGAAUGUUGAUAAUCAACCUUUUAGUCCUCAGUACUUGAGUACUACCACUUUAUUCAAUGUUGCACUUGCACCUAUAAGUGGCGAUCAAAUUGACUACACCCUCUUUAAAACCACUGCGUCUACACACCAACCCACUCUCAAUGCUUUUGAGGUUUAUAUUGUUCAGAAUUUCUCACAACCACAAACCCACGAACAAGAUGUUGGUGCUAUGCUUAAUAUCAAGUCUAUGUAUGGAGUACAAAAAAAUUGGCAAGGGGAUCCAUGCUCUCCAAAAUCAUACACCUGGGAAGGUCUUAAUUGCAGCUUUAAUGGUCAAGAUCCUGUUAGAAUCAUAUCCUUAGACUUAUCCUCAAGUGGAUUGGAGGGAGAAAUAGCUUCUUAUAUAUCAAAUCUGACCAUGAUACAAUCUAUAGAUUUAUCAAAUAACAGUUUAAGUGGGUCUGUGCCUGAAUUCCUUUCUAGACUACCCUUUUUAAAAGUUUUAGACAUGAGGGGAAACAACCUCACAGGUUCAGUUCCAAGUGAGCUCAUUGAAAAAUCUAAAAGUGGCUCAUUGCUACUGAGUGUUUCAGAUAAUCCAGAUCUUUGUUCCUCACUUUCAUGCCGAAAGAAGAACAAAAAAUAUAUAGUUCCUAUCAUAGCAUCAGUUGCCACUCUAUUUGUCCUCUUACUUGCUUUCUUUAUCAUAUGGAAAGUUAUCAAAGGAAGAAAAAGAGGAACAUAGUAUAGGGGAUCAAGCAAGACACACAAUAUUGUUCCCAAGUCAUGGGACAAUUCUAAAUUGGCGACCUUUUUCGAAGACAACUAUUUGGUUUUAUAAUGUAUAAUAUUCUUCUUUCUAUUUCAUAGAUGGCUUGCUUCAACAACCACAAAACUCACAAUUUUAAUUAUGUUCUUACCAUUUGUGUGAUUAUGUUUUUGUGUUAUUUAAUUAAACUUGGAUUUCAACUUUA